CUGCAGGUUCGUCCAGUCCAGCCAGCUGGCCAAUCACAUUCGCCACCACGACAACAUCCGCCCUCACAAGUGCAGCGUGUGCAGCAAGGCCUUCGUGAACGUGGGUGACCUGUCCAAGCACAUCAUCAUCCACACCGGAGAGAAACCUUACCUGUGUGACAAGUGUGGGCGUGGCUUCAACCGGGUGGACAACCUUCGCUCCCACGUGAAGACCGUGCACCAGGGCAAGGCAGGCAUCAAGAUCCUGGAGCCUGAGGAGGGUGGCGAGGUCAGCGUGGUUACCGUCGACGACAUGGUCACACUGGCCACUGAGGCGCUGGCAGCAACAGCUGUCACUCAGCUCACAGUGGUGCCAGUGGGGGCCGCAGUGACAGCAGAUGAGACGGAAGUCCUGAAAGCCGAGAUCAGCAAAGCCGUGAAGCAGGUGCAGGAAGAAGACCCCAAUACUCACAUCCUGUACGCCUGCGACUCCUGUGGGGACAAGUUCCUGGACGCCAACAGCCUGGCUCAGCACGUGCGCAUCCACACGGCCCAGGCACUGGUCAUGUUCCAGACAGACGCAGACUUCUACCAGCAGUACGGGCCGGGCAGCACGUGGCCAGCUGGGCAGGUGCUGCAGGCUGGGGAACUGGUCUUUCGUCCUCGGGACGGGGCCGAGGGCCAGCCCGCACUGGCAGAGACCCCUCCCACAGCUCCCGAAUGUCCGCCACCUGCCGAGUGAGCGGGUGGCCCUUCUCCUGACUGUUUAUUUAAGGAUGGAUGGCACCCUGGAACUGGGAAGGGUAGUCCCGUUCUCUAGAGAGAAUAAAUUGGAUUAUUUUCUAA